AUGGGUCAAAUGGUUUCAUCAGUCAUUGACAGCAUUCAAAAUGACGCAGAGAAACAGAAGUUGGCAAAUGAUGCCUUGAAUCAGAUGGAGGAGUUGGGUAACCAACAGGUUGAAUCUUUUCUGCUGGCAGUCACUAACCGUGCCGUGGAUGCAAAUCUGAUCCCCGUCGGUCAGAUCAUGCAUCAAGAGUCAAUCGUGCGAUGCGGCAUCUCCACCAAACCCGACGAUAUUGGGAAAGAGAUCACCGAUACCUUUGGCUCGUUUGUCAAAGGGGAUUUGGCAAAAGGAAUAAGCUCUGUAGUCCAAGACGGCCUCAAGGCUCUUGUGGGCUCAUACGAGGGAAACAAAUCCACAAAGACUAGCUAG